AACAUUAAUUUUCAGACGAGAGCUUGCAGAGAUUUAAUUGGUCCUUAUACACUCUAUAAAAAUGUUGGGUCAAAUAUGUACAAAUUGAACCGUUGCGUUAAAAAUAUAUAUAUAUUGAAAAAAUUCAUCUAAUGGUUAGGUUUGUCCAUAUCUAACCCAAGUGUUGGGUUAAUACAAUUCAGGGCAUGAGCUAAAUAAAUAUAUGCUGGAUCUGUGUGUUUUUAAUAUAAGAUAUGCAGACAGAUGUUGUUCUCUUCUGCAGGGUGUGUGUGUGUGUGUGUGUGAGGGGCCAUCAUGAGCCGUCCGCCCUCAAUGCAGCCACAGACGUGCGGUCCCUGGGAACUGAAGGAGCGACUGGGAACCGGAGGAUUUGGAAACGUCACUCUCUGGCAAAAUAAGGAGAGCAGCAUUCAGAUCGCCAUCAAACAGUGUCGGCAGGAGCUCAGUGUCAAGAACAAGGGCAGAUGGAGUUUAGAGAUUCAGAUCAUGAAGAGGUUGACUCAUAUGAAUGUGGUUGCGGCGAGAGAUGUUCCUGAAGAGCUCCAGAAACUGGCCACAAAUGACCUGCCGCUGCUGGCCAUGGAGUUCUGCCAGGGAGGAGACCUACGCAAGUAUCUGAACCUGCUUGAGAACUGCUGCGGCUUGAGGGAAGCUGCUGUAUUGACCCUCAUUCAAGAUAUAUCCUCAGCGCUGACGUACCUCCAUGGGAUGAGGAUAAUUCACAGAGACCUCAAACCAGAAAACAUUGUCCUUCAACAGGGGGAAAAAAGGUUGGUUCAUAAGAUCAUAGAUCUGGGUUACGCUAAAGAGCUGGACCAGAGCAGCCUGUGCACAUCCUUUGUCGGGACGCUGCAGUAUUUGGCCCCGGAGCUGUUGGAGCAGCAGAAGUACACUGUGGCUGUGGAUUACUGGAGUUUCGGGACACUGGUUUUUGAGUGCAUUACGGGAUUCAGGCCUUUUCUACCAACCUGGCAACCUGUGCAAUGGCACAGCAAACUCCAGCAGAAACAUGUGGAUGAUAUUGUGGUUUAUGAAGAUCUGGGUGGAGAGGUUCGAUACUCUAAACACCUACCAAACCCUCACAAUCUCAACAAACUGUUAGCUGGUGAGCUGGAGCGCUGGCUGCAGAUGAUGCUGAGAUGGUCACCUAAAGAGCGAGGCAAAGAUUUAAAACAGAGGAACAAAGAGAGUCAGGAGACGCCCAAAGAUGCAGAAGAGGAGAGUAAAGAAACCAGUCCAGAGGGUGCCAAAGAUGCUCCAAAAGCCACCUGCUUCUGCUUUGAUGAAUUAAGCCACAUUCUCAAUCUAAAGCUCGUCCAUGUGCUCAACAUGACCUCUGCUGAAAUAUUCAACUACUCAGUGCAGCCGGAGGACGACGUGGCUUCCCUGCAGGAGCGAAUCGCAGAAGACACUGGCAUUCCUCCAGCCAAUCAGGAGCUGCUGCUGGAGGCGGGACUUGCACUUGAGCCGCAAAACAGCGUCAUGCAGUGUGCCAUCGAUUAUAGUUUGAUGGACAAUCGGCGAGCAGAUGAGCCACUGGUUUUCCUGUUUGAUCGUACGUGCUGCAGCUACAAGCCUCAGUUUACGCAGCGCGUCCUCCCUGACAACAUCCGAUUCGUUCAAAAUGAUCCCAAACGCGCUCUGCCCUACAGCUCUCAGAGACGCACGUGGGGUCAAGCGUGGCACACCAUACGAGCGCUGAAAGAAGACUGGCAGAGGCUGCAGCAAGGCCAGAAAGUAGCCAUCAUGAGUCUCCUCAGGCAUAACGGCACACUGUCAAAGCAGAAGAACGAGAUGGUGUCCAUGCACCAGAGGUUAAAAGCCACGCUGGAUUUCUUCGGCGCUAGUCUACACGUCGACAUCAGCAAAUACCAGGAGCAGAGAGCCACAGGAAUAGCUUCUGAAAAGCUGCUGAGUGUGUGGAGAGAAAUGGAGCAGACAGCCCUCGACUGUGGCCAGACAGAAGACGUGAUUAAGCUGGAGGAGGAGAUGAUGACCCUUCAGACUGAUAUUGUGGAUCUGCAGAGGCAGCCGUGGAGGAGUGGAGAGGCUUUAGAGACGCUUGAAGUGAAGGCCAUGGAGCUCUUCCGUAAACUCAGAGAGAAACCCAGAGAGCAGCGCAGUAUGGGCGACUGUCAGGAGGUCAUCAAGCUGGUGGUUCAGGCCGUGCAGUUCUACGAGAGGAAGUUACGGGACUUUUACACACACCUGAGUAAGACGAUGGUGUGCCGUCAGCGUGUGCUGGCUCUGCUGCCGCGUGUUGAAGGGUUGGUGAGCGCCAUGGCAAGGAGCGAGCAACAACUGCUGCAUUUACAGGAGAAGCGACAGAAGGAGCUCUGGAACCUGCUCAAAGUGGCCUGCAGUAAAGUUCGCAGUCCAGUGAGUGGCAGUCCAGAUGGAGGGCGAACUCCACCGGCCCCUACACCACCGCUGAUGUCCCACAGACCCUCACAUCCCAGCAGCCCCCCUCCAGAUGGCCCACACACCGGGGAGUCCCUGCAUGUGAUUGAGGAGAGCAGGAUGUUUGAGAACCGCCUACAGAGUUUAGUGCAAGACACCAUUCAGGAGACGGAGAGCAGCAUGCAGAUUCUGCGAGAGUGGAAGUGGCUGAACGGAGGACAGGAUCUGGCUUGAUGGCAAAUGAAAACUUCAGUCAGACAAUCAUCUGUUCCUCAAGAGCCACAAAUAAACACAUGAUGCUCUACUUCCACCUGCUGGAGAAACUGUGCGCGCACGCUCUCACGUCACACUGGAGUCUUUCUGAAGGCACGUCUGUGUUUAUGCAGGUUUAUAUCGCUCAUGUUUUCAUGCAUCUACACGCUUGACUAUUUCCCAGCUUUCCCCAUAGUUUAUUUCUGAGUCUCCUAUGCACAUUUCACAUUCACCGUGUGUUUCUGUUCUAUUAAUGUUGUUGAAGCAAACACAGAUCGUUUUUGCCGUUCCUCAUUUGUAAGUUGCUUUGGAUAAAAAUGUUUAAUAAAAGUAUGAAUCCAUCCUGGCUUGAUGGAUCGGCCACUCGAUAUUGACCUGUAAAUGUGGAUGAUUGUUGUCGUUUUAAUCCUUUAGAAUAGCAUGAAUAUUUCAUGAUAAGAAAGCAGUCCAAAUAAGUGUAUGAAUUAAUGACAUUUUUACAUAUAGUUUCAGUUUUGGAAGAUAUUUUUAUAUGCUGAUGAUAAAAGGUACUUUGGGUUUUUUUUAUAUUGCGUAAUACUUGAAUUUAAAGGAGACCUAUUAUGCAAAAAUCACUUUGAUAAGGGGUUUAAACACAGUUGUGGGGAAACGGUGUGUGUAUAUAUCCAGCUUCUAAUUGUAAACAUGUAUUAUUUGUAUUGUUUAUAAUCAGACUUGAUAAGAACAGUCUGCAGAAACACUUUGAUUGACGUUCUCUCUUUGUACGUGUCAUCAGAGGGGGGAAAACCCCGCCCACUAGUGCUCAUCUCUCCCUCAUUAGAAUAGACCAGUGUUUCCCAACCCUGUUCCUGAAGGCACGCCAACAGUACACAUUUUCAACCUCUCCCUAAUCAAACACACCUGAAUCACCUAAUUUGAACAUCAUAAGAGACUCCAAAACCUGAAGUUAAUUAGUCAGGUAAGGGAGACAUCCAAAAUAUGUACCGUUGGUGUGCCUCCAGGAAAAGGGUUGGGAAACACUGGAAUAGACAGCCCUAAGUGAGAAGCAGCCAACUGCUGUUGACAGUUUUAAGCUGCUGAAGAUAAUAUUUCAGUUUUUCACACAGAUAACGCUAGUCUUGUUUUUGAAUCUGCCACUAUGCACAUGCAGAGGCGCUUGUAGCUCCGCCCUCUUUUAAAGAGAGCACAAUCUAAUUUAAAUUUAAAGCGACAGUCACCAAAAUAGCACAAUUAGGAUCAAAGCCAUUUCAGAGAGUUAUAAAACAUUAUCUGUGUGGUCUUUUGAGCUGAAACUUCACACACACACACUAGAGACUUGUUUUACGUCUUGUAAAAAGGGGCAUAAUAGGUCCCCUUUAAAAAAAUAUGCAAACAAGGAGUUUUAAAGCUGAGAAAAUGGUAUUUUUUGUCUUUAUAUGCAGCCGUGUUGUAUUUCUAUCUUUUUUUAUACACUUCUCUCAAGCUCUUAAAAUUGUUUUUAAAAUAUGUAUAUUAUCUGUUGUCAUUUUGGUUCUUGAAUCUCCAGUACAUACAUUUAAACUAAAGUUAAUUACCAUUUAUUAGGUUUUGUUUGAAUUAUUUGUACUCACCUAAAGCUCAAUGUUUUUACAUACAAUAAAUGGAGCGAUGUGUCCAACUGUUUUUGUUUAUGUCAUUUAAUUAAAUUUUUAAACAUGGUGGCUCAGUGGUUAGCACUGUCACCUCACAGCUAGAAGGUUGCUAGUUCGAGUCCUGACUGGCUCAGUUGGCGUUUCUGUGUGGAGUUUGCAUGUUCUCCCCGUGUUGGCGUGGGUUUCCUCUGGGUGCUCCGG